AUCAAUCAAUCAAAUCAAACCUACAUGACAGUUGUUUUUAAAAGAUUAUUUUUUUCUUUGAAUUAAACUUUGUAUUUACUUCAUAUUUUAGUGAUGAUUAUAUGAAAAUGGAUGUUGUUAAUUUGAUAGAUAAUAUUCACUCCCCUUUUGGAAGUUUAUUGCAAACAACAUGGGUUUCUUCAGCGAUAAUUUUUAUACAAGAUCACAAGCUAUUCAAUUUCUUUUUAGCUGUAGUCUUUUUGGUUGCAGCCACUGUAGUUGUCCUAAUAUGCGUCAAGAAAUUGCACAAAAAAGCAUUUUCUCUGGAGGAGGAGGCUUCAGAAGAAUCAAUCACAAGAUUUCGUAAAAGAGAUAAGGCAUUAUUUUAUGGUAGGAAAAUGUUAAGAAAAGUUAAAAAUAUUUCGGGACAAGGUAAAAAGCGAAAAAUGAUGAUGAAAUUAGCCAGAAAAAUACUGCAUUUGAAGAAAGAAAAUGAUGCUGAGCAGUUAAAAGUUAUAGAACCACCUCCCGAGUACCUACAAGAAGACAUGUUGAGCGAUGACAGAAUGCCGCCAGAUGCUCUCUUUAUGCUUCAGAGUAUAAGGGUUUUUGGUCAUUUCGAGAAACCUGUAUUUUUGAAGUUAUGCAAACACACAGAAAUUUUGAACGUUAGUGCAGGGUCAUUUUUGUUUAAAAUAGGUGAUGAAGACGAGAAUUUGUACAUAGUUCAAAGUGGGAAAUUGAAUGUAUAUAUAGCUUCAAACGAUGGGGCAAACUUAUCACUCAAAAUAGUGAAACCUGGUGAAUCUGUGACUUCCCUACUCAGUUUCACUGACGUGCUUACGGGACAUCGUAAUCAUUAUAAGACUGUAUCAGCAAAAUCUGUUGAGGAUUCCAUAGUUGUUAAGUUACCCAUGGCAGCCUUUCAGGAUAUAUUCCAAGAGUAUCCCGACAUUUUUAUAAGAGUUGUGCAAGUUAUCAUGAUAAGGCUGCAAAGGGUGACAUUCACAGCUCUGCAUGAAUAUCUAGGACUCAGUUCAGAGCUCUUCAAUCAAGGAUCUAAAUUUAGGAACAGCAAGAGUUUCAUCAACACCUCUCCUUCUAAGCGGAAAAAGGAAGAUUCUAUAGUUCCAGAAACUCCUAGUAAUAUUACGGCAUCCCAGCCCAUACCAGUUCCGCACAUGAGGAAAACAAGUGAAUAUAAAUUUUCCCCAAACUCUACAACUCCAGAGGCAAAUAAUGAGAAUGAAUCCCAAGGAGAAUUCAGCGGUGGUGGCCAUCAGAGGAAAAGAACUUCUGUUUAUGAGAUCACUGACCCUGAUUCCUUGAUAAAUAUUGCAACAGAGGCUUUCAUCAAGGAACUGGGAUUGAGUGAUGAUAAGAAACUUGUUGGGAAGAUAGAAAUAAGAGAAAUUACAGCAGGUACAUUUCUAGUCAAGGAAGACUCAAAUAAGGAUGUAGCUUUGGUAUACAUCAUUUCUGGUGCGUUGAAUGUACUACAGAGGAAUAGUACCGAAGAGGAGGAAGAGCAUUUAUUCACUGCCUAUGCUGGCGAAGUCACAGGCGGUCUAGCAGUACUUACUGGGGAACCCAGCUUCUUCACUGUUAAAGCCAAACAUUACAGUAGAGUCGCGAUGAUCUCAAGAAAUACAUUUUAUUCACUGAUGAAGGACGACCCAAAAGUCGUAUUGUACAUAGCCAAUAUGAUCGUGAAAAGACUGUCGCCGUUCGUGCGACAGGUGGACUUCGCGCUGGACUGGCUCUUCAUCGAGUCGGGUCGCGCCAUCUAUCGGCAAGACGAGGAGAGCGACUCCACGUACAUCGUUCUGUCUGGCCGGCUCAGGUCGGUCAUAACGCACAAGAACGGAAAGAAGGAGUUGGUUGGUGAAUAUGGCAAGGGAGACUUAAUCGGAGUCGUGGAGAUGGUGACCCACACAAGACGCAGCACAACCGUGAUGGCUGUGAGGGACACCGAACUGGCCAAGCUACCGGAGGGACUGUUCAACGCCAUCAAGUUGAGAUAUCCAAUUGUUGUUACUAGACUGAUUAAUCUUUUAGGGCAUAGAAUUUUAGGUUCGUGGAAGACGCCAAGUAUCAAUAUAUCUGCUAGUCCAACCAUAGAGACUCGUUCCGCGCAAAAUAAUUUUUCGACGGUGGCUAUCAUAGCAGCUUCCGACGAUGUACCCCUGGUGGCCUUCACAUACGAGCUUUAUCACUGUCUGCACGUGAUAGGUCCCACCCUAAGACUGACUUCGGAUGUAAUCAAGAAAACCCUCGGCUCCUCGAUCAUGGAUCCUAACAACGAAUACAGGCUAACAUCGUGGUUGGCGCAGCAAGAAGAUCAACACAAGAUCUGUCUGUACAUGUGCGAUCACAACGUGAGCGCUUGGACUCAGAGGUGUAUCCGGCAGGCGGAUUGCAUCCUCAUAGUGGGCCUUGGAGACAACGCCCCCACCCUGGGCAAGGUGGAGAAGGAGAUGGAGAGGUUAGCGAUGAGGACGCAGAAAGAACUGGUACUGUUGCACAGGGAAGGUGGAAAACCUUCGAAUACGGUGGUGUGGAGGAAUAUGAGGAGUUGGGUGUCGUCCCAUCAUCACAUCCUUUGUCCCAACCGAAUGUUUUCUAGGAAGUCUCUCUAUAGGAUUAAUGAAUUGUAUUCCAAAGUAUGUUCUUCAGAACCGAACGUCCAUUCUGAUUUUUCAAGAUUGGCCAGGUGGCUCACUGGUAAAUCGGUUGGACUAGUAUUGGGCGGGGGUGGAGCCAGGGGUGCCGCCCAUAUAGGAAUGAUCAAAGCGAUACAGGAAGCAGGAAUUCCCAUAGAUAUGGUAGGCGGCGUUAGCAUAGGUGCCUUCAUGGGAGCCCUUUGGUGCCAAGAAAGAAAUAUCACAACCAUGACUCAAAAAGCGAGGGAAUGGUCAAAGAAAAUGACCCAGUGGUGGAGACAGCUUUUAGAUCUAACCUAUCCGGUUACGUCGAUGUUUAGCGGUAAAGAUUUCAAUACGACAAUUAGAUCGGCAUUCGGCGAAACUUACAUAGAAGAUCUAUGGCUUCCCUAUUUCACCGUGACUACAGAUAUAACCUCAUCCGGCAUGAGGGUACAUUAUCACGGUUCUUUAUGGCGAUAUGUACGUGCCAGUAUGACUAUUGUGGGUAUUCUUCCUCCCCUAUGCGACCCGAGGGAUGGGCAUAUGUUGGUUGACGGGUGUUAUACCAACAACGUACCAGCUGAUAUCAUGAGGAGUUUGGGUGCCAACCAUAUAUUGGCCGUAGAUGUUGGUUCGGUGGACGAUCAAGAUUUAACCAACUACGGGGACGAUUUGUCGGGUUGGUGGUUGCUGUGGAAGAGGUGGAAUCCAUUCACGGAACCGGUGAAAGUUCCCAAUUUGCCAGAUAUUCAAUCCAGGUUAACUUACGUCAGCUGCGUGAGACAAUUAGAACAAGUGAAGAACAGCGACUACUGCGAGUACAUCAGACCUCCAAUUGAUAAUUAUCGGACGCUUCAGUUUGGCAGUUUCGACGAGAUCAAAGACGUGGGCUACCAGUAUGGAAAAAGUUAUUUCGAGGGUCAAAAAUUGGUCGGUAAUCUCCCGAACUUUAGGUCCGCGGCAGACAUUCAGAGGAGUCCAGAUAUAAAUAGUUAUACUUUUACUGAUCUGGCGCAGAUGGUGUGCAAAGUAUCCAAGCCUUACGAAGACGAAUCUUCAAGUUCUAGUACGUCCGAUGAUGAAUAUGAAGAUGGUAGGGGAGGUUAUGCCUCAGAGCCUACAGGAAGUCUGAUAGACGUGAACAAAGAAAACCUAAUGAGGAGAGCUGGCGGAUCACUCUCCCUGUCUGAAAAUGAAAUGGAAUCAGAAGUAGAAUUCGAUUUAAAAUCCAUAAAAAAGUCAGAUGCUAGUCUUAGUUUUAAGUAGAAGAUACAAAAUGUUUUAUUUUUUCAACAUGAUUCGAACAAGAAUGUAUCCAUAAGAAUACUUGAUUUGUGAAGUUACCAACCUAAACCUUUUGUUGUUUACAUUUUUCAUACUAGGCAUAGGUAUUAGAAAACGUAUUUAAUGUCAAAAGAUCUCCUGUAUAUUUUUUGUAAAAUAUAUCUUUGUGUUAUA